AUGCAAGACGGCAGCACGCCCAUCCACCAUGCACCCGAAGUGCACGCCUGGUUUAGUGCAAACAACAUUGGCCUCAUCACCUGGCCUGAAAACUCGCCCGACCUCAACCCACUCGAGGACGGCUGGGAUUUGAUCAAGGCCGAGGUCUACAAGUCCAAGUCCAUGAAAACCCAAGAGGCGCUGUGGCAACGCUUCCAACGGGUCUAUGAAAAAGUGUUAACGCCGGAUGUCUGUCUCGGUCUGAUUGACUCGAUGCCGCGACGCAUCCAGGCAGUCCUCAGUGCUGGUGGUGAUGUACCCAAGUAG